AUGUCUGACACGGAAGAGGUCUUGGACGAGGAAACUCAGGAGGAAGAAGAUGAAUCUAAGCCAAAGCCAAAAUUCAUGACAAACAUUGCUGCUCCAAAGAUCCCGGAUGGCGAGAAAGUGGAUUUUGAUGACAUUCACAGGAAGCGUCAAGAGAAAGAUUUGUCAGAGCUGCAGUCGCUCAUCGAGGCUCACUUCAUCCAAAGAAAGAAGGAGGAAGAGGAGCUCGUCGCCCUCGUCAACAGAAUUGAGAAGCGUCGAGCCGAGAGAGCGGAACAGCAAAGGAUCCGGGCCGAGAGGGAGAAGGAGAGGCAGGCCAGGCUUGCCGAGGAGAAGGAGCGCAGAGAGCAGGAGGAGCAGCGCAAGAAGCACGACGAAGACGCCAAGAAGAAAAAGGCCCUCUCGUCCAUGACCCAGCAGUACGGCGCGGGACAAAAGACUGAGAAAAAAGGCAAAAAGCAGACGGAGCGAGAGAAGAAGAAGAAGAUUCUGGCUGAGAGGAGGAAGCCGCUCAACAUCGACCACUUGAGUGACGACAAGCUCAAGGAAAAGGCCAACGAGCUGUGGCAGUGGCUGCUGGAAUUGGAGAAGGAGAAGUACGACCUCAAUGACAAAUUCAAAAGGCAGAAGAGUGAUAUCAACCUGCUCCUCGUCCGAGUUCAGGAUCACCAAAAUGCCAAGGGCCGCGGCAAGGGCAAGAUGGGCGCCCGGCUGAGAUAGAGAUUCCCCCACCGCUGCCCCCCGCCCCCGUCUCCACUCAGGGAGAGCCCAGGCCAGGGUGCCUCUAUUAGUGUACCUCUAUUCAUAUUUCAUGUUAAUAAACAGGCAUCCUCCUUCCCCUCCAUGAGCAUCACGCAGGUUUUGUUUAGGUGCCAACCACACUUUUUGCUUAAUUACAAGGGUGCCAUACAGCAUGUCUUACGCAGUUCAUGAGCCUCGUCAAUAGUUUUAGAACUGUUCAUAGAACAUAAGUGCACUAGCACGUGACACAAACAAUAUUGUCAUGAAAAUCAUCUUUUGACAUUUCCACACACACAAAAAAGUUCAAAUAACAAAAGUUCAUGAACUUGUUCACUUUUUGGGUGAACGUGAACUAAGUUCAUUUCUACCUGGUGAACGUUAUUGAGAACGUGUUCAUUCUGGUGUCGGAACAGUUUUUGAACUAAAGUUGAUUUUCAGUCAAGCAUGUGAGGUUUUGUUCGGGACUUCCAGGAUGAAACCUAUCUGGACACUCCAUAUACAGUAAAGCCUCGGUUUUUGAACGCCCCUGUUUUCGAACAAAUCGGUUUUUGAACCAAAAUUUUGAGAUUUUUCUGCUUCGGUUUUCGAACGAAAAUCGGUACUCAAACACCCCCAAAACCCGGAAAUAACAUAUUGCGCGCGGCCAGACCAGCUGACCCACGACGCGCUUUGCUGUGAAUUCCCACGCUGCCGAAAAAACCUGGAAAUAACAAUGCGCGGAGCGCAAGCAGCUGACCCACCCACAACAGGCUUUGUUAUUGUCUACUUGAACACCUCCUGAAAAAACCCAGAAAUAACAUGGCACGCGGCGCAAGCAGUUGACCCACCCACCACGUGUUUUAGUGUCUAUUCGAACACCCCCCGGGAAAAAAAACAGAAAUGACAUAACGCACGUGGCGCAAUCAGUCAACUUUUGUCAUUCUGCAUAAAGCAGCCUCUGUAAACAUUUACUAUUAGGAAAAGCCAAAGAAAAAUGCCUUAAAAAGUCCAAUUUCUAGGCUUUAUUCCUUUCCUUUUUCCAUUCAUUGUAAUCGGAAACAUCGAUUCGGUUUUCGAACAAUUCACUUUUUGAACCGUUUUCUGUAACGGAUUGUGGUCGAGAACCGAGGCAUCACUGUACAGGCUUUCAUAUAUCGGAGGAGAAACACAAGAGAAUGUGUUCUUUGUUCUCAAAAUAUUAUUUGCAUCAGAAUUAAUUACUUAAAUUACUGUAUGAUCUCAAUAUGGAUUUUGUUUUGCUGUUUGGUAACAUAAGACGAGAUAAAAUAAAUACUCGAUUCAUAUAAUAAGGCAGAGCUGGUAGAAAUGCAAUGUAAUCAUUGUUAUUGUCAUUAUUUUGUCAUACGGUGUUAUGUAAUUUUUAAUUCCACAUAAAAGAAAACAGCAAGACCAAGUCAUGUUUUGGAGAUUUGUAAAGUCAAAGCUGCAGCUGGCUACUAGUGUAGACUGAAUGGGUGGUAACAAUGGGGAAAGGAAAUAUUUUCGUUGGUAACAGCCAGUCAAUAUUGUAUUAGUAUUGAAAGAACAAAUAACUAUGGACUACUUCAUUCUUAGAACAGCGAACUUAGUUCCAAAUCUUGAAAUUAUGAAGGUGUUAAUUUUUGGAAUGGUGAACUGUACUUUGAACUAAUUCAUGUAGUAAAUGAACUUUCCAAACAUUGCUUUCAGUUUCACUUUGUGCACAAGGCACAUGAAAACAAUGCCCCCCCCCAAAAAAAAAAGAUUAAAAAAAGUUAUUGGCUAAUCCUAAUGAAACUAAAUGUAUUUAUAUAGGGAGGAAAGUAUAUAUAUAUAUAUAUCUAUAUAUAUAUAUAUAUGACAGGAAAU